AUGACUGCUGAAUCUGAACCGCCAAGCGCCGGAUUCCCCGAGGAAUCUGCGCUGUUGCGCGUGUUCGGCGACUUCGUGGACCCCGUCCCUAUGGUCCAAUUCGUCGGACCCGCAGCCUAUGAACGCCACAAAUAUGUCGAGUCGUUGUUAUCGCGAAACAAGGUGCCGUUUGGCGUGGUGGAAUCCGCGGUGUAUGCAGAAUGCCAGAACGGGACCCCUUCCGCGCUGAUGCACUGGAUGUGGACGCGUUUCGUGCGUCGUCUGGUGGUUGGAUUCUGCGCUCUGUACCCCAAAGAGGCGCCGCGCUACGGCAAGCUGCGCCAAACCGAGGUGCGCACAUGCGCUGACUUCGUGCGCAUAAUCAACACGUUCACGUUGUGCCCCGGUGAGCCCGUGCCCGACAAGGAUGAGCUGUGCAUGGCCGUGGUGGUGCAGGACUACCACGAGCUGCUGGCCCACGAGCCUACCCUGCUGAAUACGCUGAUGCGUCUCCAUGAGAAGCUACACCGUGUGCCCAUCGAGAAGGGCUAUCGCCGCAACAAGGUAACGGUGAUCAUGAUGGGUCCUUACCCCCUUCCCCCCGAGGUGACGAGGGGCGACUUCUGCAUCCCCCUGGUGCCGGUGGAGUUGAUAACCCCUGAGGGUGCUGAGGACCUGAUUCGGUCCUCCAGCCACAAUUUCGCGCUUGAGAAGGCGCGUACUAUGUUGCCGGAUUAUAGUGAGGCUACGAUUUCGUUCCUGUGGUCCGGGUUCGUGCACUACUUUGUGGACGUGGUCUACGCGUGGUACAAGUUCGACACGUCGUCGAUGGAGUUCUACAGCAGGCUGCUGUGGUCCAAUUUCCUGGAGCCCCUGUGCGGCGCCACGGAGCCCACUGGUGACGAGCUGCCGGAGCGGCUGCAGUUUCUGUGCAAGAGCGUCGACGAGCACCUGCGCAGUUCGACGGUGUACACAAGAAGCAGGUUCAUCACGGAGUUGCACGACCUCAGGGUGAGCAACAUGAGGCUGCUGCGUAAGCAGCUGUACAAGUUCCACGGGAGCCGUUUGACGAAGUACCUGCUCCUCGGCGCGGUGAUUUCCGCGUUUAACACGCCUGAAACGAUGCGCCGUCGCUUGCGCAAUAAGAACGUGCGUACCAACCUGCACGACGUCGCACUGUGGCGCCGUCAGCGUAAAUUCGACCUGUGGUCGUGGAUCGCGAACACGGAGUGGGCGCUGGCGUCUAACGAGUCCGAGUCCAUUAACAUGGACCCCGGGUUCUUCACUGAGCUGAUGUGGCUCAUCACCGAGGGCUACGUGAAGCCGCAGUGCACCCCCGAGACGUGGUGUCGCCUGCCGCAGUCGCAUAGCGUCCCGCUGUGGCGCGUGUCUGACAUGAUGCCGUCGGCAGACCUGCAGUGGCUCCACACCAUCUGCUACAACGAGGACACUGAGAUCGACCAGUGUCUGGGGCAGAUGGUGAACACGACUGCCCGUUUCUCCCUUAGCGUUACCAAGGGGCUUGUAAUCUCCAUCAUCAACGACCUGAAUGUCGACAUAGACGAGUUCCUCAUCUGA